GCGUCAAUUUUUUUCAGAUUGAAGUGAUCAAAUAGAAUGGUAGUGGCUGUUGAACAGGUUGAGGAAGAGUUUGAGUCUGGAGAAGAGGAAUCAGGAGAGGAGGAGGAGGAAGAGGAGAUGGAGUUCGAGGGAGAGGAAAAAGAAGAGGAUGAAGAACAUAUUUCAAAUUCUAAAUCUAAAGGCGGACUAGAUAAAUUUUGGCUUCUCUCAAACGCUAAAACGAAUACAUCCAGAAUCGAUGCAUCUUCUAAAAUAAUUAAAAGAUUGGUGUCCAAUCCCUCCGAGUCCAAUUAUAUCCUCAAGCGUCUUCUCCGAGGUCUGGCGAGCCCUGUGGAGACUUCAAGACAAGGUUUCUUCAUCUGUCUCCUGGAAUUCUUCCGUCUGAACAAGAUUGAAGCCUCCAAGCUUAACUCUGAGAUUAAGACAACCCUGAAGGUAACAGGAUCCAAGGGAGAGGAGAGCUUGCUUCUCCUCGGACAAAUUCUGGCUAACGUUGCUCUGCUCCGUGCAGGAGUUCCUGAAACUAAACCUGAGAAGGUUCAAGUUCUAGAAAACCUGAUUGAGAACGGAUCUAAGCGUGGUUAUCUCAAUUUAAUUGUAAUCAAUGCUAUCAUUGAAUACUUUUUGCAAGAGGGAUCGAUCAUACCACCCACAGAAGUUGUUGAUGCCAUCGGCAAUUCUUUUAAGUUGAAUAUUUCCGAGGCAGGUUUAGAUUCUCUUCUCUUCAGUAUCGCUUUUAUUAAGCUCCAUGGAAAAACCGUUCCUGCAGAAUUCCUAGUCGAACACUUCGGGAUCAAGGACGUGUCCAAGAAGAACCUGGAUUCUAUCUACAAGAUCGUAAUGGGGACAACAAUCCCGCUGAGCAUGAUCGUGAACCAUCCUCUACUCAAGGUCCUGGUUGAACUUGUGUCGGAGAAGAAACUGGGAGCUAAAUUCUUCAAUAAGUUUACUCCGGAUAUGACUGUGAGCACGUACAAGGGCCAGAUUGGGAUUGCUGUGCUCCGUGAGUUUCUGAAAAACGAUCCUUGUAUGGUCGAGGAUCUGGUCAGCGUGGAGACGUUGAAGUCUCUGCUCUCCCUGUGUGGGAAGGGUGUGGUCAACCCCGUGGUCGAGAUCCUGGACAUGGUGGAGGAGACCGUGAAGCAGGAAAAAGCAAACUGCUGGGUUAUGCUCUCCAGGUUUCUUGAAGCGUCAGUUUGUUGGGAUAAGCAUGUUCCUGGAAACACAGUUACCUUCCUAUUCUCCCUCUCCGACAGUGACACCCUCCUUAAAGCCGGAGAUUAUCUUCUUCAAAUAUUCAAAUCUGACGUUCAGGUUUCAGACAGAAUAUAUGCGGCAGGUCUGCUCGCUAAGCUUGUCGGUCAUCCUUCCGUAAUUUCUAGCGUAGACUGGAGAGUUUCAAUCCUAUCCUCUCUUAUGGAGCUGACGUUAAUUACGGUAACCGGAGAUAAAACACCUCAGCUUACCAAGGAGGCCAAGAUACAACUCAGAGAGGUUUUCUACCGUGGACUUGAUUCAACCUGUAAAACGUUAGUGGAUAAUGUGAACCUUGUCCAUGCUCUUCUCCAGCAUGCUCAGAAGCUCCUGGAGAAACAAGGAGUUCCACAGAAAACCAUGAAAGAAGAUUGUAAAGAGGCCUGGGCAAAGGUUGUCUCAACUGUUGGGAAACUAGGGAAAAGAUGGAAAGAGAAGGCGACAAAAGAGACCGGAGUUUUCCUCAUGUUUUUCUCUCACAUUGGAUUACAGCUGUUUAUCCAACCGGAGAUGGCGAUUGAUGUACUCUCUGAACUCCAGCCCGUUUACACCAACUGGAGCAAAUCAAAACCUGCCAAAGGUGAUCCUGCCGGUAUCGAGGUUGUAAUAGAGAUCAUGUUGUCCCUGCUGGCGCAGAACAAGCAUAUUCUCAGGAAGCUCGUCAAUGUUGUUUUCAAGGUCGUCUGUGAUCAACUCACGGAGCCUGCUCUAGCUUCCAUUCUUGCCGUCCUUUGCCCUGAAGAGGCCGAAGAAGAGAGUGGGGAUGAAGAUGAUGAUGAAGAUGAAGAUGAAGAUGAAGAUGAGGAAGAUGAAGAAGAGGAGAAAGAGGAAUCUGGUGAGGAUGAAGAGGAGGAUUCAGAUGAUGAUGAUGAGAACGAGGAAGAGAAUGAAGAGAUGAAACCUGAAGAUCUGGACAAGGUAAAGAAGGCGCUCGGGGAGCACGCCGAUGCCGAGAACAGUGAUAUCGAUAUGGACGAUAUCCCCGAUGAGGACAUGGACAACCUUGACAAGAAGCUCGUCGAGGCUUUCAAGGCUCUGGGAGGUGGAAAGUCAAGUUCUGAGAAGAAGAAAGAAAAACUGGAUCAUCUUGCUCGUCAGCAUUUUAAACUCCGAGUUCUUGAACUGCUAGAGAUAUAUAUUAAUCAUAAACCAGCCGUGGAACAUAUUUUCUCAAUCAUAUCUGCACUCAUUGAAAGCUUCCAAAACAUCUUUACGCAACCUCGUGAGGCCCAGCUUGUGUCAAGGAUUAAACUUAUCCUUCGAAAGUGCAGCAGUGUCAAGUUCGAGUCCUGUCAAGGGUUCGAUAGCAACCCCUUGCUCGAGUAUCUUCUCAACCUCGGGACCAACGCGAGCAGUACAGUUGUCAGCCUUGGAAUCAUUCACGCGCGCCUUUGCUUAACCGCGCUCCGGAUUGCUGUUCCUGACAACGCGGAGCAGUCGGAAGCGCUUUACCUGACAGCGCUCACACAGUUUUUUGAGAAUAAUCAGUGUUUGUUGAGUCCUGAAGUUUUCCAGGCAGCUGUUGGAAUACCAUGGACAGGAUCUAUCUCUUUAGCAAAAGUUGUUGCCGAGAAAUCGUUCGAUCCCAAGGUACGGCAUUUUCGUCGAAGUCAAGGUUUAUCCAUCCUUUCGGCCUUUGUCAAUAAUCGACAAAUCGAGACCCUCUCCCCUGGGAAGAAGAAGAUCAUGAUAGAAGAUGCAAUGAAGAAAAUCCUGACAUUGAUAGAUGGUGGGCUAGAGAAGGCAAAACCUAAACAGCUGAUGGAGAUCUUUUCUAUCCUACGGGGUGUUAAACAACAAGACUUGAUAUCAGCUAAGACUAUUAAACAGGUUCAAGAACAUCUCAGGGUCUAUGCUAAAUCCUCUCUUGGGAUACGGGGGAACAACCCCGUGAAGAAGAGCUUGAAGAAGGUUCUCUCCUACUACGACGUCAAGGUUGAGGUUGUUCCCCAGGAGGAGAAAGAGAAGAAGGAAACGAAUGGUACAAGUGAACCUCAAGAGAUCAAGAAGAAGAAAAAGAAGAAGAAGAGCAAAGACUCUGAGAAGAGAAGAAAGGAGAAGAAGAUGGAAGCAGCGGAAGCAGAUGAUGCUAUUCCUUCUUUCUCUGAUCUUUUGAUUGACACUACACAGGUUUAUAAAGAUGAAAACAAGAAGAAGAAGAAUAAGAAAAGAAAGAAUGCAGAACUAGAAGUUACAACUCCUCCUGCACAGGAAAAGAAGAAGAAAAAGAAGAAGUCGGAAUAGAAAUUUGAUAUUAAAUUUUUUUUCAGAAAAAA